AAAGGCAUCGUGUUAGUGCCAGCUGCGCAGAAGAGAUCUCAGCAGUCUUGUCUCCUUCAGAAUCUCCCGCUAAAAAGCACCAGUCGCCUCUGUACAUCAAAUUCAUUGGCCGCUGACCAUCUGCUCCUCCAGCGUGUUAGUUCCUCUUUUCUUUUUCCUUUCUCUUGGUGUGGUCUGCCAUCUCAUCAUGACUAGAUCCGGUGGCCCUGGCUUUUCUCUGGCCAUCCUGUGUCUACUGAAGAUUGCCGUGGCCGCUCCGGCGCCGGAGCGAUAUUUUGGGUUUGACCAGUCGGCCAUGAGGGUUUUCCGUCGAGGGGAGACACCUGUCAAGACCACCAGCUCAUCAAGUGCCAAAGAAAUGGAGUGUCCUUAUGACGUAAUCAGCCAACCUGGCGAGUACUUUGUCCAAUCAUCUGAAAGAAAGAUGUGCACGUGGCUCUUUCUGACCAGACCUAGUGCAGUGGUCGAACUGGAGAUCAUUGAGCAUGAUUAUCCAUGUGCCGAGGAUUCGUUUGUUGAAUUCUUUGACGGGGUUGCACUCCAGAUGGGCGUCUUCCCAACCGAAACCGGCCACGACUUGCCAUUGCAGGAAAGAGUCAAUUUGGUUUGCAGCACCGGCAGCCGUGUACUUCUGUCAUCUCAGAACGUGGCCAUGCUGACGUACCAAGCACCGCCCACCGGCGGGUCGUUCCGACUGCUUUUCAAGCACAAGACCCUCCAAGCACCUUGCAACAUCUUUGGUACGGAGUCGUCGGGCGCCUUCACGCUCGGCAACUUUGGCAAGGAGAAGAACUGCUCCUUCGUUGCUAUCUACCCAGGCUACAUUAACGUCCUGCACAUGGCAGUGGGAAGGGAAACCAAUGAAGCUAGGCUGAAGUGCAAGAGCAUAAGCGACACGGUGCAGUUUGCGGAGGGAAACUCCUUGGAGUUUGGCAAGAUGAACGUGGAGCAGCGGAUGUGCGGUCGCACCGGUGGGAAGGCGCCCGCGACCCCCGACGUGGCCGACCCAUCCCCCGAGGACCCGCUCCACGGACGGGCUGGAACAGCAGCCUCCCUGGUCUACCAAAACAGGGCCCAGUGCACAUCAGGCAUCACCAUACCACUCAUGUGUCAGAUGUCCGUGGUUAGGCUGGUAUCCAGCGGGCAGUAUGACAACAAAAUCACCUUCACGUUUACGCGGGAGACCAACGAGAAGAAUGAGUGCGCUAUGUUUUAGACAGUCGUAAGUUGUCAGUUUCCUCAGCUCAUUGAUGAAAACUUACCCGGCUGCACACCAAGCGUCCAUCCCAUGGGAAUCGUUGACUGUUCCCUGCUCCACCUUAGACUGUCGUUGCUUAUGGAACAAAACAUUUCAAGGCACAUAAUGUUCAUUUUAAUUCAAGGGGAUCAGCACAUUUUCUAUCGCAUUGUCAAGAAUAAUAAAUACAUAAACCCUCAUUUUAAUAAAACCACAAGUGACAUUGAUAAAGUCGUGCGACAAAUAGGGUACAUACAUUCCCAGUGUAUUUUAUGAGGAAAUUGGGUCCUUUCAAUUUGAAAUCCAUAAGUUCCAAAGGCCUACACCUAUUUGUAUAAAAUUGAACAAGAAAUUGAAUACGCUUCCUGCAUGCGUAAAAACACUGUUAUAUUGAUAGGCCUAUGCCACUAUAUCACUAAGCAUAGAUAAAGCAUUAUACUGCUCAAUUACACUCGGUGUUAUUGUAUUACAGUGACCGUACCAAGGAAUGGUUUAAACUUGCUUUUCAGGUGUAGAAUUUUACAUAUAAAUUAAGAUUUAUUUUUCAAAGGAGAAAAAAUAUGCUGUAAAUAAUAUGAAACCUCAAUAAAAGUAUGGGAGUACACGAAGUUAACAAAAACUCUGAAUAUAAUCCGUGCGAAGUGAAUUUACAAACGAAAGCCACUCGCCAUUAAUGAUGCCGCGGCAGGAAAGAAUACACGCGGCUGUGGAAUUCACUUUAGCUGGUGGCUGCGGCUACGACUUGUGUUGCCUGCUGCAUCCAGCUAGUGGAUUCAGAUAUGGCCUUCACCUUAGAUUUUCAAGUAUUGAAUUAGUGAAAUUAGCGUCAUUCAUAAGUAGAGACACGAAGUUAUGCCGUCCUUUAAGAAAAGCUUAUCUGAAACUUUGUAUCUACACGGUGAAACUGGAAAUUUUAAAAAUGGUUUCCUUCUCUUUCACAAACUCCGUGGAGCAACAGCAAAUGAGGCUGGACGCACACUAGCGCGUGUGCGUAGCUCUAUGUGCAGUGGGCGUGGUUUAAACUGCAGUGACGUCACACUGACAAACUGGACAGCGUGAGUAAUUAAUCUAAUGUGCACUAUUAACACGAAACCACAACACCUACCUGUGGGUGCAUGGCGACAAAUAGCGUUCAGGUGUCUGCCACUCUCAACGAGGUGUUGCUCUACAUGGGGUCCCCGGAAACCUGAAGAAAAUCAAGCCCAAUAGUGGACCUCGCCUCAGCUGAUAGUCCUUUUAGCUAGGAUAUUACCACAAGAAUAAAAAUAUCUUUAUUAAUUAGCGGCAGUCAAAUAUCAACAUUUGAAAAGCUCCACUUAGGUUUGUCCGUCAUUAAACGUUUGAAACCAGCCUGAAGGCAGUCUAGCAUUUUCGCUGAUAAUGUAGGCUUAUUUAAUGUGACCAGUAUACUUUAUAGAAGUGAUUAUCUUUCUCUUUGUCUUGUGCAGAAAUUUCACCACGUCUUUGCAACGUCAUCUUUCUCUGUUUUCUUGAAAAGCAAGGGUUAAUAAAAAAUUGCAACACAAAAUUUAAA